AUGUUCCGCAACAACUACGACAACGACUCGGUCACCUUCUCGCCGCAGGGCCGCAUAUUCCAGGUCGAGUAUGCACAAGAGGCCGUCAAGCAGGGUUCCGUCGUCGUUGGCAUUGUCAGCAAGACACAUGCGGUGCUCGCAGCAAUCAAGCGCAACGCAGAGGAGCUCUCGUCGUACCAGAAGAAGAUCAUCCCCAUAGACUCGCACUUCGGCGUCGCCCUCGCCGGCCUCGCCUCCGACGCCCGCGUCCUCUCCAACUUCAUGAAGCAGCAGUCGCUCGCCUCCCGCCUGACAUACGACCGCGCCAUCCCGCUCUCGGACAUCACAUCACGCAUCGCAGACCGCGCGCAAACCAACACCCAGCAGUACGGCCGGAGACCCUACGGCGUCGGCCUGCUCAUUGCCGGUGUCGACGCAAAGGGCCCUCACCUCUUCGAGUUCCAGCCCAGCGGCGUCACACAGGAGAUGGUGGCCUGCGGUAUUGGCGCUAGGAGUCAGAUGGCCAGGACGUACCUCGAGAGGCACCUGGACGAGUUCGACAGCGCGAGCAGGGAGGACCUGAUCAAGCACGCCUUGCGCGCGCUGAAGGAGUCACUGUCCCAGGACAAGGAGCUCACCGUCGACAACACCAGCGUCGGCAUUGGCGGCGUCGGCGAGGACUUUGCCCUGUACGAGGGCCAGGACAUUGCGGAAUGGCUGUCGACCACGUUUGAGAACGCCGAGGGUGGCAACGAGGACGGUGCCGAGGCCAUGGAGACGGACUCGUAG